UGGCGCCAGUGUUCUUGUGUUUUUAACAACUUCCGAGUUUUCUAUAUCUUCAUUCUCGUGAAUCAUUAAAUUAAAUUAAUCAUUCAUUCAUCCAUUCAUUCACUCAUGAUGACUAGUGUCUGUCCUCUUCUUGACCUGCGCUGCACGCCUUCAACAUCCUACGCUCACACUGUAAAUCUCGCGUGGUUUCGCGAGACUUCAGCCACGCCGGAAUCCAGAAGCCUCAGUUCGCCGCUUCUUCAGUUUUUUGCCCGGUCAACGGAUCUAAAUACCGGACUGAGCACCGUUUCCACGACGCCGUUUGAACCGGGAGCUCUGUCAGCUGUUGCGCCCGACCCAGGAGUUCCGUCCGCGUAAUGAGCGGGUUUUGAAUCGGCGGCAACGGAGAAUUUGACAGCUGGCUAGGAUUCACCGGCUUCUGUGGAAUUUGUCUACGUGCAAAAAACGCUCAUGUGUCACGUGAGGCCACGACAGAGGGCUGCCGUGGUCUCCGGUGAGUGAGUGAGUGAGUGAGUGUAUGUGUGUGCUGAAAAGGCGGGUCCGUGAGUUUACAGGGACAUGUGACGUGGUCUCGGUAAUCGAGCGUGUUUUAACGGACACAACGGAAAGUGUUCAUCCAUGAUGCACCAGCAGCACGGUUCAUUAAUGCCCGCUCUGCUCAGUGACGUUUACUGCCAGUGCCGGGCGGCAGACGCCCACCCGGGGGUCGACCACGGCGGAGGAGGAGGUGGCGGCGGCGGCGUAGGACACCUGGCGCCGACCCGGGCCACCGGUGACCAGUCAUGCGAGAUCUGCGGGGGACCGGAGCAGGAGCACCGGUUCAAAGUUCUGUUCCAGGUGCUGGAUGUGAACAGAGACGGAGGCAUCUGCAUCAACGACCUGACCAUCGGGCUGAAGAAGCUGGGGGUUCACCGCACCGAGCACGACCUCAUGAAAAUAGUGAAAGCAGGAGACAAAGACCUGGACGGACAGCUGGACUUCGAGGAGUUUGUCCAUUAUCUCAGAGACCACGAGAAGAAACUGCGGCUGGUCUUCAAGAGUUUGGACAAGAAGAAUGACGGUCACAUCGACUCACAGGAGAUAAUGCAGUCUCUGCGUGACCUUGGGCUGAACAUCUCUGAGGAACAAGCUGAGAAGAUUCUUCGAAGAAUAAGGCAGGGUCAUAUCUGGGCCCCUAUUUUGUAUAUGGAUAAAGGCGGUACGAUGACGAUCGACUGGAACGAGUGGCGGGAUUAUCACCUGCUGCAUCCGGCAGAGAACAUUCCGGAGAUCAUCCUCCACUGGAAACACUCCACGAUCUUGGACGUUGGCGAGAGUUUGAUGGUGCCCGAUGAGUUCACAGCAGAAGAGAAGCAAACGGGAAUGCUUUGGCGCCACCUAGUGGCGGGAGGAGGAGCUGGAGCGGUGUCUCGAACCUGCACAGCACCCCUGGACAGGCUCAAAGUUCUCAUGCAGGUUCAUGCCUCCAAGAAGAACAGCAUGCAUAUAGCUGGAGGCUUUACCCACAUGAUCCAAGAGGGCGGUGUGAGGUCACUGUGGCGAGGGAACGGCAUCAACGUCAUUAAAAUUGCUCCUGAGUCUGCUAUCAAGUUUAUGGCCUAUGAACAGAUAAAGCGACUGAUUGGAAGUAACCAGGAAACGCUGGGCAUCGCAGAGAGGCUGGUGGCCGGAUCUCUGGCCGGAGCGAUCGCUCAGAGCAGCAUUUACCCCAUGGAGGUUCUGAAGACACGGUUAGCCCUGAGGAGGACGGGUCAGUACUCGGGCAUGUUGGACUGUGCCAAACACAUUUUCCAGAAGGAGGGCAUGACUGCGUUCUACAAGGGCUACGUCCCCAACAUGCUGGGCAUCAUCCCGUACGCUGGUAUCGACCUGGCCAUCUAUGAGACUCUGAAGAAUUGGUGGCUGCAGCGUUUUGCCACCGACAGCGCAGACCCAGGAGUGUUUGUGCUUCUGGCCUGCGGCACCACCUCCUGCACAUGUGGUCAGUUGUCCAGUUACCCGCUGGCCCUGGUCAGGACUCGCAUGCAGGCACAAGCUACUCUUGAAGGAGGUCCUCAGAUGACUAUGACGGGCCUGUUCAAACACAUCGUCCGGACAGAGGGCCCGCUGGGACUGUACCGUGGCCUGGCCCCCAACUUCAUGAAGGUGAUUCCGUCUGUGAGCAUCAGCUACGUGGUGUACGAGUACCUCAAGAUCGCACUGGGGGCCCAGUCCAAGUGAGGAGGGAGGUGGAGCGACCCAAAAACAGAGGCCAAAGCUAUUUUUUUUUUUGUAUACUGAAGAAAAAAAAGCAGCUAAAAUUCUGCACAUUUAAAAAUGAAAAAUCAUCAGAUUUCAGGGUAUAAAUGAAAAAAACUGACAUGAUGUAAAAUGAAGAGCGAGGAGGCUUUGAAGAAGAAGAAGAGCUUGUUUUCUGCUCUCGUUUACAUUGAAGUGACUGUGGCAGGAGUUGUCCUGCUCUGUGUUUUUUCUUAAAGGGCUUUGCUGAGGUGAAACAUAUCAGAGAAGUCACAUGACUGCAGGUUAAUCAAGCUGAGGUGGAUUAUUUUUUGUUUUGUUUUACCUCUGCAGGUAAGUUUGUGCAUGUGAUACUUGAUACUUGACUGAGACGCUGCACAGCUUUUGGUUUUGUCUCACCAGCUGAGUCAUGGUUUCACUUAGUAAAUUAGUGAGUUAGUAAAAAAAAGUUAUUUUUCUGAGCCCUUUGACUUGAGGCAAGGACGUUUUUAGCAUUAGAAAAAGACCUUUCUGUCAUUUAAAGUGACUUAAUGACACACUGACUGCUUAACUACACUUGAGUUGAACGAUGAAUUACAGUCUCAUUUUUAAAGACUCCAUCACUGCGACGUUUGCUUUGAAAGUGUUUUUUGGGAUGGAGGCUCUCUGUCCUAAGCUCCUCCCACCAGAUGAGCACAGACAGACGUGUGCCUCAAAUGCAUCAGACUCCGCCCACAUUAUACUGACACUUGUUUCAUUGUGCCUCUCUUUAAUGUCGCAUUCACAUUGAGCGCAGUGCUUUUUGAUGUUGCGUUAGUUACAUAAGUGACAUGUUUACAACUAACUUACCAACUAACAACCGACAGGUUGAAUUAUGAGACGCACACACAGUUUUACCUGCAUGUUGUCGCUCACUGUGGGAAAAUAUAUUACAGCAACUUUCCCCGCGUUCAUAUUUUGUUG